AUGCGCGUUAUCUGGUGGUUUCUUGGCAUUUUAACGACGGCCAUGAGUGCUGUACUUGACCCAGCGUUGUAUCUUUCGCCAAGUCCUCCGUUGGUACCAAAUUCUGGAAGGGAACCCUUGGCGUUAUGGAUACAGCCAAUAGCUAAUAAAGAAGCCAUCAAAGUAAGUCCCAAACCCCAAGAGCAAGACCUAAUGGAGCAAGCUGAAACCCUGUGGCCACGAUCAGGUUUCAAUUUUCCAAUUCAAUUCCAUUUAACUGGAACCUAUGGAGGUCAUGGGGGCACUGGAGUGAUUGGAAGCAGUUACGCCAGCCUCACAGGAAACAGAAUAUUUGGAAAGCCUUUGGCUGGUUCUGGCUAUGGAUCUUACGGACGACCGAACAUGAAAAUAUUUGGGGGUAAUGAAGGAGCCACUUGGACUGGCUGGGGGAAUGGUAAAUGGGGGCAUUAUGGAAAAGGGAAAUAA